UCCAUCUGUCCAUCCAUCCAUCCCCAUACAUAUCAUCCAUACAUACAUACUGGCCGGUCCCCCAGUUUCCUCUAUAUAAACCCAGCUCUGCCUCCCAGUUGGCACUCUUCACUUCAAUAACCCACAAUUCAUUCUUAUAAAAUUACCAAUGGGUGCUGAGAAAGAUCAGGGAGGCAAGAAUGAGGGGGAGAAGAAGCCCGCAGACAAAAAAGACGACGGCAAAGUCGCCGCCGUUUUUAAGAUGGACUUGCAUUGCGAGGGCUGCGCCAGGAAAGUCAAGAGAGCCGUUCGCAAUAUCGAUGGUGUUGAACAAGUGAAGACAGAUUGUGAGGCAAACAAAUUGACGGUGACGGGGAAAGCAGACCCGUCGGCGAUCAAGGAGACGCUAGAGCAGAAGACGAAGAAGAAGGUGGAGAUCGUCUCUGCACCGCCGAAGAAAGACGGCGGCGGUGAUAAGAAGCCGGAAGCAAAAGCGCAAAAGAAGGAAGAAGAUAAGAAGUCAGACGAUAAGAAGCCAAAAGAGAGUACGGCGGUUUUCAAGAUCAGAGUGCAUUGUGACGGUUGCAUCCAAAAAAUCCGGAAGAUCGUCUCCAAAUUCGGCGGAGUUCAGAACGUGGAUAUAGACAAAGAGAAGGACCUAGUAACUGUGAAGGGCACCAUGGACGUGAAAGCACUGGUUCCUUACCUCAAGGCGAAGCUGAAGAGGAGCGUCGACGUGGUCCCGCCAAAGAAGGAUGGAGGCGGAGAUCAGAAGCCAAAAGAAGCCGGUGGAGGUGGCGACAAGAAAGAGAAAGAGAAAGAGAAAGUAGCCUCCGGCGGCGGCGGCGGUGAAAAGAAAGAGAAAGAAGCAGCAGCGGCCGGAGGUGGCGGCGGAGAGAAGAAAGAGAAAGAAGCAGCAGCGGCUGGAGGUGGCGGCGGAGAGAAGAAAGAGAAAGAAGCAGCAGCGGCCGGAGGUGGCGGCGGAGACGGUGGGAAGAAAGAGGAAGGUGCAGCGGCAAAGGUGGAGGUGAGCAAGAUGGAGUACCAUGGGUACCCAUACCAAGCUCCCAUGUACUGGAAUGAUGGACACGCAUACGCACAGAAUUACCCGAUGGUACAGAAUUACCCGAUGGUAGUUCAUCCUGGGUAUGGAAACCAAGGAUACGUAAAUCAGGGAUAUGUGGUUGAUCAAGGAUAUGGACCAUAUGGUAACGUAAAUCAUGGGUAUAUGGUGGCAGCAAACCACCCGAUGCAUGCUCCUCAGAUGUUCAGCGACGAGAACCCCAAUGCUUGUUCUGUUAUGUGAAUAACACGCAAACUUCAUCCUGUGAAUAGUUUUGAUUAUAAUACACAAACAUAAAAAUAAAAUAAAAAACAAGAUAUGUGAAUUUACGGAUGAGGACGAUUAUCAGUAGAGUAGACGUAAUAGAUCGAGUAGUAGCAGUAGAAAAUUUGGAACCAUAUAGCCUUGAGUUAAGGUUGUGCACUUGUGGUAGCCGGCUGGUUUUCGGCCGGUUCGGUUGUUGGGUUCGGUUCAGUUGGUUUUGGUGGACCGGUGGUUGGUUCUUCUUUGUCCAUUUACGACUUCAAUUUUGUAUUAAUUUUAAUAUUAAUAAAAGCUCUAUAUGCAGUUAUCAAUAGCCAA